AAAUAAAUUGAAUGCGUAAACCGCAAUGUCAGUGGGUCCCACCUCCACUCCGCGCUUAACUCGUUAAACCCGUUCUUAUUCCUCCGCAAUCGCCGUCCUCCCUCCUCCCCCAAUCCCGGUGUCGAAUUUUGCUCUGCCGAUAUUCUUUCUUUUGAUCGCCAUUUUUAUUUUCUCUCCCCGUUUUUCUUUCCCCUUUUAUUGGGAAUUUAAUUUUGAUUCCCUUAAACCCUAGAAAAGCUUCAGUAAUGGCGGAUCAAACCUCCGAAAAAACCCUAGCUUCCACGAUUUCUUCAUCCGAUCAACUUGAACCUACUGAUUCUGUAUCGACUGAGACUGCUGCUUCUGGUUCGUUGUCUAGAAACUCGUCUUUCAGCAAACUCAAUGCUCUAGCGCCUGAGUUCAUUCCGAGGAAGACGACUCCGCCUCCGAAUCCACUCAGCGCUGGUGAUCCUAUGGUUAUGAUCAUACCCCCGCCGCCUCCACCGCCUCCGGCAAUGGUUCAUGUUUUCCCCCCGCAAGUUAACUCGCCGUUUCCGGCUAUGCCUUUGCCUCACAUCGAUCAUCAUCAUCACCACCAAUAUCAUCAUCAUCAGCAGCAGCAGCAGCAGCAGCAGCAUUAUCCGCAUCAAAAUCAUCAUAGUCAUCAUCAUCGGAAUGAAUCUCAUCGGAAUCAUCAUCAUAAGCAUCAUCAUCAUCAACAACAGUUACAUAGAGGAAAUAAUGGGGAACAGGAGGGAAUGGGUCAAGGGUCUAAUCAGCAAGAUAAGGAACAAGGACAGGGUAAUAACGGCGGUUCAAGGAAUAAGAAUGGCUUGUCUGAAGAAUCUACUCAGAAAUUGAUUAAUCAGGUGGAGUAUUACUUCAGUGAUGUGAACCUGGCUACCACUGAUCAUCUAAUAAAGUUCAUCAAUAAGGAUCCUGAAGGAUUUGUGCCAAUCUCGGUGGUUGCAUCUUUUAAGAAGAUUAAGGCUCUCAUAAGCAGUAAUUCUCAGCUUGCAGCUGUACUUAAAAAGUCAACGAAGCUUAUAGUGAGUGAAGAUGGGAAGAAAGUAAAACGUGUACAUCCUCUUACUGGGUCUGAUAUGGAAGAGUUACAAUCUCGUAUAAUCGUGGCUGAAAAUUUGCCGGAGGAUCAUUGUCACCAGAAUCUCAUGAAGGUUUUCUCAACUGUAGGGAGUGUGAAGAGUAUUCGUACGUGUCAGCCUCAACCUACAAAUAAUGUUGCUUCUUCAGCAUCUAGGCCAUCAAAAGCUGAUAAUGGACUCUCAUGCAACAAGGUGCAUGCAUUUGUGGAAUACGAAUCUGUUGAGUUGGCUGAGAAAGCUAUUACUGAGCUGAAUGAAGAGGAUGACUGGAGGAAUGGCCUAAAAAUUCGCCCGCUGCUGAAACACGGGUCUAAAACUUUUCAAGUACGAGGGAAAAAAUCUGUAAAUGAAGGUGAAGGCACAUGUGAAGAGUAUGCAUCCACAUCUGAGCAAAAGCAGAAUGAGAAGCAAUCAGAAGACUUUUCAGGACAGCCUGAUAUCCAUUCUCAUGAGCAUUUGGAGGAACUAAACGUGGAAAAAGAGGGUGGCCAGAAAAAGGGCCGUAAUCGGGGUCGUGGAAAGGGUCGUGGCAGGGGCCAUCAUAAUCACCAACAGAAUAAUAGGGCGCAUCAUGUGGGAUCACCACCUGUGAAUAAUGCAAUCAACGGCGAGCAUCCUAUUUUAGCAAAGCAACAACCUCCCGGCCCUCGUAUGCCUGAUGGAACUAGAGGAUUCUCCAUGGGACGAGGGAAGCCAGCUGCUGUUAAUUCAACAUAAAAAAAUUACCCGACAAUUUUUUGAGUCGUGUGAACUUCUUUUGUUGGUGUGGGGCUGUGUGCCGAGUGCUUGAAGCUUGUGAAGGGGGAGUUUUUGCAGCAUUCUUGGUUUUUACAGCAAGCUGUGAGUUUUGCUUAUAACCCAUAAUUGUGAUUAAUCCUUUGAUCCCCGGGAAAUAACGUGUUGCGUCUAUUUCUUGUUAUAAAAGCGCGUUUCCCUCUUAAUUACCGAGAAGCAAAAAUGAAAGAAAAUGUAAAACAAAAAGUAAAAUUGAAUAAUCUUAAAUUUAUUUAAUGUAUAUGUACAAAUUUGAAAGAAAAGCUUUUCAUUAUGUACUUGCAUGUUUGUAACUUUUAAGUUGUAACUUGUAAGUAACCCUUUCUCUUUUA